AUGGUUGGCGCAUGCGCAUUUCAAAAAGAACAUGUUUACAAUUUGCAUUCGGGCGACAUCAUAUCGCUUGUUUUUGUUCCUUUAAAAGAGCAAAGGAAAACCAGGGCAUCGCCGACACGUAACGACCAAACAAACAAUUGGCUCCCGCCUGCUCGCUUUGUCAGGAUCAUGUUUACAUCCCAGACGUCGUCAUUCCAAGAUUCCAUUGACGUGGAGGAGAAAGAUGACUUUGAAAGCGAGGAAAUCGCAUCUUACGGCCAGAAGACUCAGUUGAACUGCUAUUAUGCCAUUUAUCUCUAUGAGGGCACGAGAUCGGAGGCUCCAGAGGAAAAUGUGGCUUGGAACCAGAGGCGCACAGACUCCACAACCAGUCAGGAGGACUUUAGCUUGACUCUGAUUGACAGCAGCCUUCCCGUCGAGGCGGAACCCGAGCUUCGCACGUACAUCGCCAGGAGGCUGAACAAAGGAGCCCUGCUGGGAGGGAUGGGCAAUAUCGCCACGGUGGAACUCAGUCUCCCGGAGCAGGCAGUGGGCUGCUACUGCUGUCUUCUGGAGCAGGAGCGAUCUCCGGACCAACCCGACGCCGAUGGCAACGGACACGUCAUCUGCUUCUUGGGAGGUUCCGAAAAAGGACUCAACUUGUAUAGGCUGGAGCUCGAUAAGUAUGUUCAAGGCUUGCGCAGCAGUCUGCAAACGCCCGAGCUCCAAAAUCUGGAGACGGAGCUACGUCCCUAUUUGAGUCGCUGGUACGAAGAGUCUGUCAUGCACAUUUACCGUGUGGUGCAGUUGGUCCAGAGCAACAUCAGCUUCCUGCUGCACGCCGCUCUGAGUCACAAUCACGUGGAGGUCACCAAUGCGGACGACAGGACGAAGACAGACGUGUCCCGGUUCAUCAAAGCAGCCAGUUUGCAGGGCCUGUCGCAGCAAGACACCACGGCGGCCUCCCUCUGCAAGGCCAUGUCCGAGGACGCGCAUUCCCACCUGACCCUGGACUGCGCCGUCACGCCGCCCACCUUCACCAACACCGUCAAUAACCGCUUCUGCGAGGACUGGAGUCAGGCCUUUUUGAAUGCCGCCGAAAGGGCCAACCCCUUCCUCCUCAGACAGAUCCUGGAGAACUUCAAACUGAAGGCCAUCCAGGACAUGAACAGCCUGAAGCGCUUUGUGCGUCAGGCCGAGAUGAGCCACUACGCUCUGUUUCGCUGCUGCCAGUUCCUGCAGGGCUGCGGCAACGGCGACGUGCUCCUGCAGAACGCCCGGGCCGAGCACAGCGACCUGCCCGAAGCCUGCCGCAUCAUCACCGUCCUCGAGGAGUUCAUCAGAGAGCAGUCGCUCAGCUGAAUGCUGCUCUCAUACUUCCUUCCCUUGUUGUUUCCUGACAUUUUAAGUACAUUUUGGAAGGAGAGUAAAAUGUAUUUAUCUUCUACAUCCAUCUAUAUAUAUAGUUAUCCACUUGUGAAGCUCCAAUUAUGGUUGUAAAAGUAGGAAAGUGAGUUUUAGUGUAUAUGCUUUAGGACAAAACACUUGUAACUGACACACAUAAUGAAAGCAUGAAUUGAUUCCUUGUUCAAAUAUAAUUGUCUAAAUUUUCAUUUAUAUUUCAUAUCUAUGUACGAUGAAUUAUGCAGAUGAUUUAACACUACUAAUAUUGUAUACAGGGUGUCCCGAAAAUGUGAUAUUAUUUCAAGUUUUGCGCAAAUGAUUGCUAACAUGAUGUCUGACCAAAUUUAAAGCUAUUAUGAAGAAUUUAAAACAGUUUCCACUUUCCAGGAGUCUUACUGUUUGUGAAAUGAUUCUGUAAACAUUCUAUUUUUAAAACUUGUAGCCAAUUUCUGUUCAAGUUGGGAACGCUUUUAAGGGUAACAUGAGUUCAAUUGUGAAAAGUGAUUACGUGUACUGUGACUCUAAAAUGUGCAUUGGACUGUAUGUGCGUGUACGUAACGUGCAUGUCUUGUCACUCUUGUAUUGUUCUUUCCAAGACGACAAACACGUCAAUGGGUGUAAAUGCAAUUUAUUCAUUAUUUAAAAUCAUUUCUUUGACUUGUGAAAUUAGCCGCCAUUUGACCCAAUUAUACACAAAGUUGUGAAAGAUUGCCGUGUGUGUAUGUGGAAGGGGGACUUGGCUAUUAGUUAUUCUAACAAACGAGAAGUACAUACAGAGCUAGUUGCAAACCAAGACAAGUUAAAAACAGCGAGGAAAUAGCCUUGAGAGCGCUAAAUACAAAAAUACAAGAAAAAUAUAUUUGUAGCAUGUGAACAGGUUGACACAUUUAUAAAUUAAAUCCAAAUAAACGGCUGCAUAACAUC